CCAUACUCUUUCCUCUACUAUUUAUCAUUAAUUUUGGCAUUUCCCUUUUUCCUUGAGUGGGGAGUUGACGAAAGAUAUCGAUGUAAUUAGGCUCUAUCAUGUUUCCACAAAUCAGCUGUGUCGUCAUGUUGACAAAAUUUAUCACCUGUAUGGACGUUAGUCGUCGCUGAAGAUAGAACUUUUGUGUAACUAUCAGUAAAUUUCAUUAAUUUUUAAGAGAAAAAUCGUUGAACAUGUAAAUUAUUUCAUUAAGUGUUUUCCUGUUCCGUGUGAAAAGUAGUCGUGUGUUUUUCAAUUCGACUAUGACGAAAUUCACUCUUGUGUUUGUGAUUCAGUGGUCAGCUCCUGGCUUUGUUUUCUUUCAAAAUUCAAAGUAAUCAUUUCAUUUCUUAAGUUAAUAAAUUGACCUCAACCUUUUCAAAAUGUCUAGCUACAUCAGUAGAGGCUCCACAAGGAGCGAUAUUAUGGAUGAUGAUGGCACUGACAAAGAUGACACCAAAAGGAGAUCCAGAAAUCUCAGCGAGAAAAAACGAAGGGAUCAGUUCAACAUGCUGAUUAAUGAAUUGAGCUCAAUGGUGUCUACGAACAGUCGGAAAAUGGACAAAUCUACAGUUCUCAAAUCCACAAUUGCUUUUCUCAAGAACCACAAUGAAAUAGCAGUGCGCUCAAGAGCGCAUGAAAUUCAAGAAGAUUGGAAGCCCUCAUUCCUCUCAAAUGAGGAAUUCACACAUCUAAUUUUAGAGGCAUUAGAUGGCUUCAUUAUCGUUUUUUCUCUGUCAGGCCAGAUCAUCUACAUAUCUGAAAGUAUAACGUCAUUAUUGGGGCAUCUACCUAGUGACCUUCUCAACUCCAGUGUGUAUGAUUUGGUGUCAGAAGAAGAUUAUAAAGAAAUUUUCAAUGUUCUGAAUCACCCAGCAGUUAACAUCCAAUAUAAUGCAGACAAAGAAAAUAAAAUUUCCUUUACGUGCCACUGUAAGAGAAAUGACAUAGAUUCUAAAGACGGACAAAUGUACGAGCCUGUACAAUUUAUUGGCUACUUCAGAUCAAAAACAGAAUCCACUUCCACCGACAGCGGAGGAUCUGAAAAAAUGUAUGAGUUUUCAAAUGAAAGCGACUCUAGAUAUCUAAGCUCACCAGAUGAUUCAAAUGAAAGUAAAAGAUUAAUUUUUGUUGGAACAGGGAGACUUGAAACUCCUCAGCUCAUAAGAGAGAUGUCUGUCGUUGACUCCGCUAAAAGCGAGUUUACGUCAAGACAUAGUUUAGAAUGGAAAUUCCUUUUUCUGGACCACAGGGCGCCUCCGAUCAUCGGCUACCUGCCUUUUGAGGUACUGGGAACCUCUGGUUACGAUUACUACCAUGUUGAUGAUCUCGACAAAGUCGUGCUGUGCCAUGAAGCUUUGAUGCAAAAAGGAGAAGGCACAUCUUGUUUUUAUAGGUUUUUAACUAAGGGCCAGCAGUGGAUUUGGUUGCAAACUAGAUUCUACAUAACUUACCAUCAGUGGACUUCAAAACCUGAAUUUAUCGUUUGCACCCACCAAGUUGUUAGUUAUUUGAACGUAAUGAAGCAAAUGCGGCGGCAGGCAGGGGCAGGAGUUAAUGACGACAGCAAUAGCACGGGUGAAAGGAGUGCUUCAACGAGCGCGUCGGCAUACAGAAAAUCUUCGAACAACAGUCGGAGUAAUAAUCGAUAUCUUAGUAAAUGUAGCAAAGGGAAAAGUUCACAUUAUGAAAGCAGACUAUCAAAUAAAUCUCAAUUUUAUACCCCUGGUGACAGCUCAAAUUCAACAACAUCUUUAUCAACGGAUUCUUCCUCACUUGUCUCUAGACAUCACACAUCCAGACAAAGGACAAAUAAUGCUUCCAGCCAUUCUAGCCAACAAAUUCCCCAGUCGCGAUCAAUGAGUGUGAAACCCCAACCAGCCAUGACCUUCUACGAAAUGCCACCAGCUGUCUAUAAUCUUGCUGCAGUUCCUUCUUAUCCAAUUCAAGGAACUGUCAGUCCAAAUGUACCCCCUGAGCUUUUAAGAACAAGUCAGCCUUUAGUUAUGGCCUCAAACCAGUCUGAAAUUCAAGAUCAACUUCAAAGAAAGCACGAAGAACUACAACAGUUGAUAGUACAACAGCAAGAGGAACUGAGAAAGAUUCACGAACAACUGAUCAUGGCCAAAUGUGGUUUCUUGCCCCCAAUGGGGAACGCUCCAACACUUUGCCCCGGAGGAAGUGAAAGUUCAACUUCUGUUGAAGCGCAAGCGAACUACGCAACAAGACCAGCAAUGAUGCUUAAUCUACAUCAGCCGAACGUCCAAGCGCAGUCCUCCGAAGAGUUGAUUCCGUAUCAAAUGUCUCAGCAACAAGCACAACUUCUGCUCUCAUCAAACAUGACUACGCCCAACUCUUAAUGAAAGUAAGCUGUUAGCCCUAAGGAAAAAUUUUUAUUUUUUAUACUUUUUUCUCAAUUAAGUCAGUUCAAAUUUUAAGAUUGAUGUUUCCCCCUACAAGGAGGAGUUCCACCCUCAAUGUUUAAUCAAUUUAUUUGGAAGACAAUACAUCAACUUUUCCAAUAACUUUCUCGGUGAUCAUAUUUUCUCUCUGUUGCCAACUUGUGCACAGGCAUGGAAAUUGUCUUACUAAAUGGGUUUAUUUAUUUUUUUUUUCCUAGAUAACAAUGGUUCAAAAAUUCUUUUUCAUACGUGGCUUGAUUUUGAGCUAGUUCAGCUCUGAAUCUGAGUUAAGUAAGAAGAAAGAAGGAGGUAAUCUUGUUCUUUGUGGAAUGUGCAAAAUGUAACUGCAGUAAAGUGAUUGUAAUACUUAAAAAAAUAUUCCUCCUUCUAAGAGAGAAUAAGGAAAGUGAAGACAGAUGUUUCUCCCAUCUUGGCAAUAAUUUGCUUUGCUUUUGCAAUUUAAACAAAAAAUUUGACUUAUUAUCCUUUUACUUUUCCUCCAAACCACUCUCAAAAUUUAAGGGAAAAAAAACAUUAAAUCCUCAGAUUUGGUUUUCUUUUUUGCUUCAAUCUGAAUUUUUGUACACCAGUCAGAAAAUUUCUUUUAUUUUAACACGCAGACUGCCAAUGGCCAGACACUCAGGCGCCCAUCAUUGCGCCCGCUUGGAGCUUACAGAGACUUACAUGCACAUAAUGGUAAAAUCAUAGCGCUGCAGAAAGCAUUAAACAUGGGCCAUUGGCGGUAAAAAAAUUAAUAGUUAUCAGGUUUAUUCUAAAAAGAAAAAUCUGACAUUAUACAUCACGAUAAAGCAUGCUGCUUGUAAAAACACUCCAAGGAAAAUUCGAAGUUUAACUCCAAAUUAUUUUUGCAGUCAUGACUCUUUGAAAUUUACUCACAAAAUUAAAGACAUUUUGGGUAUUACUGGUUAAAUAUUCAAAAAUUCUCCCAUUUUAUCAUGAAUAAAGAAAUUUGAAGCAUCGUAAGAAUCCCUAUUUGAGCUCAUUUAGUAAUGAACUAACCAUCCAAGCAUCUUUUCCCUGUACACUGUUCCAUUAUCGAUUUAUGAAGGCCGCUGCAUAUCGUCGUAUUUCCAAUUUUCAUUUUUCUUCCAGUUUUUUAAGGAGCUCUGCAAGCAGCUUUGAAAAAAUAUGUACGGCAGUCUUUAGCAGUCUAAAAACCUAGGGUUCAAGACAAGGUUUCCUUUCAACAACCAAAUGUUCAUCCUAUUUUCAAUGGUGGAUUGACCUGGUACAUUUUAAUGUCAAUGAUUAUGGUUAUCAUAGUUUAGUGGGCGUAUGUCUAUCAAAGCGCUUUGACCAUUAAAAGUAUAAUUUUUAGCUACUUACAGAUCAUUUACUUGAAUUUCUCAUGAUUUUUUAAAAGUUUGAUCAUCAAAUUGAAGGCUGCUUUGUCUUUGAUUAGUAUAGAAAUAGUUAUUACUAUGUUCUCUGUUGUAUAUACUUGUUAAAACAAUUAUGGGAACAAAAAAUUUGUUAAAUUUUUAACUUUCACAUUUCGUAUUUUAAUGUAAUCCUGAAUGGAAUGUUUCUACCCUGAACUGUAUUCAUGGUGUACCUAGCAUAAUUUUUGUACCUAUAGCUUUUCUUCUAUCUGUAAUAAGUAUGUGGUAUACUAAAUACUCAGGUUUUGUUAUUAAUUCAAAUAUUUUACCUAGCUAAUAGUUGUCAGAAAAAGACCGAAGAUUCUUUGAAAUUUGCCUGUCCAUGAAAUUUUUGUCGUAUUUGUCCCCACCCAUUUGCCACCACUUGUUUUUGAAAACAGACUUAGUCUACAGCUGAACGUCACCACUUUAUACGAUGUACUUUCUCUAGGCUCACCACUUUUUCUUUCUUCUAGUUGCUUCCUCGAUUGAUAUUUUUCUUAGUGAAUUUUGGAAAAAAUCUCAUUGGUUUUACUUGUAAAUAUCAAAAGAAACUUAAAAUAACCAGUGAAAAAAAUUGAUAAAAUUUCACAGUUCAAGCUCCUACUUGCCUCACAAUGGGACUGUCACAUGAUUCUAAAAAUAGCAUAAUGUACAACAAACAGGCCACUAGACAGGGUAUGAGUUAAAGCACUACGUAUGUAGAAUUGUGUUCCCUCUUCAGAAUUCCACUAGGAAGACGAAUCAUGUGAUAGCUAGUCUAAAAAUCAACUUCAGGUAUUCACAGUUAACAUUGAGUGAAUGGCAAAAAUACAAAUUACGUCAUUUAUAUGAUCUAUCUUCCAUUUGAUCCUUGUUAAAAAUACUUCUUAACAUCUCAGUCCAAUACCUGGUUUCCGAACUUCCGACUGUGUGAAUCGUUUUGUACGUAAGAUUUUGAAGAGGAAACAUGUUACGUUUUCUUCUAAUUCAAACCUUGUUUAGUCGCUCAUUAUUUGUAAAAUUUAGCAAGAAAUGCAUUUGAGUACUUAUAAAAGCUCUAGUGAUAAAGAGUUAAUGUAAAGUUACCCAUUAGCACUGUUGACCAACGGCCUUAACCACCAUGGAUCUCGAGUAAACAAAUCAGUAAUACGGCUCGUAUUCAUGAAAAUGUCCUCGGAAGUUUUCUGUUUUUGUAAAUUUAUCUUAUGAGUGUAUAAGCCUGGAGCAACUCACCACCUUAAACAACUGUAAAUUCUCUUGAAUGUAAACAAUAGUGGUAGAGACGCAACGGUCAGUUGUACACGUUACACCAAGAAAUCUCUUGAUAAGAUAUUUUUCUGUUAAAAGGUGGUUAAAUUUAUAGCGACUUUGAAAGUUGUUUCCUAAGCUAAAAUUUAAUAAUAGACAAACGAAGAAACAUUUCUCUCUUUAAUUUGAAAGAAUUUUCCAUAGAGGAAUGGAAAUAUUUUUAAACGGUUCCAUUUGAUUCUAGGUUUUGUAACUUUUAGGAAAACAUCAUUCGAUAUUUUUUGAUCCGUCAUUCCUUUUAUAAUCGCCCUCUGCCAUUCUGGAAAUGUUAGUAGUUCAUAGAAGGUAACAUUCAUUUUCCCAGUAAGAGGCAUCCUCUGACUGCCUGAUCAAUUUGACAGGCAUCUUUUUGUAAUUUUUUUAUACAUAAUGUAUUAAAUUUUUCGAACCGAGAGAAGUUUAAGUGCUAAUACUUGUUUUUAGUUACUAUCAAUGGUUAAUCAAUCUCUAUAGUGCACUCACAGCUCUAUGAAAGUUAGUUUUCUUGAAGCAUAGUACAGCAAAUCUUGGAUCAUCCAAACUCCUUUCUGGGAGGAAUUUUAAUGAAACGUUCUCUAACUCAAAUAGUUUUUCAGGUCUAGAACUGAUAAGUGUAUUCUCGCCUGAAGUUGGUCACAAAUUGUUGCAAUUUUUCUUGUUGUAUUAUGUUUGUGAAUGGUGUCAAGUUUUUAGCCGCGUAUUUUUAGGUUGUCUUCAGUGAUCUCAUCCUAAUUUUUUAUAUCCAGACUUGACUGGCUCUCCUGUCAGUUUGGAUGAUCCAAAGUUUUCUUCUUUUUUUUCAUCAAGGAAUGCUGCAUUAAAUCAACAACCCGCUCAAGUCACUUCCAGAGCGUUUCUCAGUUUUUAUGUUUUUAGAAGUAAGUGCUACGUAUAAUGCAAGCACGUUUAGAACCACAGAAAAAUUUACACAGCAGAUGUAUGUAAAUUUUUAAUUUACUUUAAAAAAGUAUGAAGUCUUAUUCAUAUUAUCAAUUUGAUUUGAGGAGGUCAUUUCAAAAAUUCACCAUUAAUGUUACCAGAAGUAAGAAGUGUGCUAUGGUUUCCGAUCUUGAGAGGGGUGUGGACAUACUUCUGUAUUUAUAAGUCAAAGAAGCAUUACUACAUUUUCACCGAUUUGAGGAAUAAGGGGAAAACCAUGCGACAGUUCCCUUGCCUGCUGCGUAUUUUGUAAAUUUAACAACCCUGUAUCCAAGGCCUGGUGUUAGUUUUUAUUAUCAACUGUUUUACACUGAUAGAUCCUUUAAUUAAUAUGUCGAGAAUGUGAAUUUCUUGAUUUUUCCAAAAUUUUCAGUUCCGCUUCUUUGGCUCUUAACUAUAGAAUUUAGGAUGUUCGAAAAUUAUUAUGAGGUGAACCUUUACUUAUUUAUUUAUUUAAUUAAUGUCUCCUGCCUUAAUGUAUUGAAUUCCCACAAAUAACUUUUGUCUUUAUAAUGUAUUGUUAUUUUUGGAAAUAGAGAAGACAAGUGGGUCUUUUUUACUUUUUAAUGAGAUCGUGAAAAUUUUCAAGAAAACGGAAAUUUUGAAGUUAUACUCCACCCAUACUAAAUUGUGAUCCUAGAACAAUGCAGUCAUGGAUGUUAUCAGAAUCAGAAAUAUAUUAUAAGCCUCUUUUUGUAUUGGUCAAUUUUCUCUCCUCCUUUGAAGUACUAAAUAGCAUAUUUCUCUUUGUUGUUCGACCAAAUUUAAAGAGAGUUGCAAAAUUCUUGUUAUUAGUUCUUUAUUUUGUUUUACACACUGACAUUCCUUACAAUUUUAUUUUUUUUUUUCUUUGUCCAAAUUUUAAAAUUAUCAUUCCAUUUAUUGCAUAUCUGAGUUGUAAAACCUGAAAAAAAAAAAUUAUUAUUAUUACCUGCCUGGAUUAUUUUACGUUGUUAUCCGAAAGUUUUGGGUGCUUUUAUUCAAAGAUUUUAGAUCACAAAUGUUUUUUGUUUUCUUUAUUUGCUCUCUUCUAUGUAAGUUAAUCGUCAGUCAGAUAAUUGUCAAUAUUAACGAUGUAGUCAUCAAAAGAAGAUAGAAAUAGAAAAAGAAACAGUAGCCGUUUAUCUUGCACUUGCUGUAAGUGCAGGGCCGGAUAUAUGAUUUUGUCACCACAAGUUUUGAAAGCUGUAUCUUUUUUUUUUCCUUCUUGUUUUGUUUUGUUUUGCUUUUCAAUUUUGUGUUUAAAUUUACCUUCUGAAACAACAGAUGGAAAAGCAAAAAAAAAGCCGUCACUUUCAAAGUCUGCUGCCCGAGACUCUAGCCCUGGAAGGCCCCCUAAACGUACCUCAUGUGAAAUGCAAUUUUAUUUCUCACUUGUCUCAUACUUUCAUUAAUUUUUCCCGCAAUCCAUUUAGUUUUGAAUCUACGCAUCCAAGAGCCACUAUCACUGCCCCAGAAAACACUUAAUUAUCUUGAUGUUGUAAAACUGAAAGGAGUAGGACAGUUGAAAGGGUCUGGACCCUUCUCGUAGGUUGAUAUUGUUGUGCGACAAGGUAAUUUUUAGAAAUGUCUGAUCAUAAAACCUACCUUUUCCCUCCCAUGAAAAAUUUUGGGCUCUAUCUCGGUUAGCACACGAUAAAUUAAAAAAGAACUAAAAUGGCCCACCACGAAACAUUACCGUAUCCUAAGUUAGUUUUUUCAUUUUUAUUUUUGUUUUGUUUUGUUCUGUUAUGUUUUUUUUCUUUGUUUUUGAAAUUUUAUUGAAUUUUUCUAGCAUUGUGUAAAAAUAUCCUUUUAGAGGAGUUGAAGAGGUAGUUACAGCAAGAUCUUUCUUAUCGCCCGCAGAAUAUGAGUUUUUAGAUCUUUUUAUUUGCUUGCAAUGAUGACUCUGUAGUUAAGGGCCAAAGAACAUUAACUAAAUUUUCACUGACAUUAGAAAUCAGGGAAAAACCAUGUGACCGCUCCAUUGCUUGCCUAGUAUUUUGCAUGUAUUCUGGGCAUGGUGGUAUGUAUCAUUACCAAUUUUUUUACACACAGAUCCCUCUCUAGGUCUGAUGAGAAUGCUAGUAACUCCAUUUCUCUAAAAUUGUUAGUUACGUCUUUUCGGCUCUUAACUACUGAAUCAUGCCUGUUUUUCUCUAGAUGGUCAUUUCUUCGGGCUGUAAUGUUCAUGUAGCCACUCGACUAUUCAUGUUUCAUUUUAGGUUAAAAACUUUAUUGAAGCCAUUAUUUUCUUUUAUAUUGUUAGCAUUUCACCUAAAUCAAAAGUGAAAAUUAUUCUUAUUGAGAUAAAAUGCUAGUUGUGAAUUUGGCAUUUUACAAAAGCUCAACGGUGCUUCAGAUUUAUACACAUAAGGAUCAUCGGUGGAGUUACGAAUGCUUUGAAAAAUUUUUAAAAACCAUAAUUGUUAUUGUGUUUGCAACAUUGCGUCAUUUAGUACACCCACUUUUUCUAGGGAUUCAAUCUGUUUUUCCUCUCCAGCUGUGUUUGUAAUACAUAAGUUACCAAACAGAAACAUUUUGUAUCCAUAGAAUGUUCCUGUUGAUGAAGUGAGAAAGGUUUUUUACCCCUUGUGCUGCGUCAGUACCACUAGUUUCUUAAUGAAUGUAAACGUGGGUCUCUAAUGCCAAGUAUAGAUGUUGAAUUGCAUAAAGAGCUCCAUGUUUUGGAAAACCGUGGAGUCUAAUUUUAGGUAGAAUUUUAGGCUAAUUUUUGCACAAAUAGUUUACUUGACUGUGUAGUGAAUUUUUUUAAUGAAGAAAGUAAAAUUCUUAUUUAAUUCUAGUUCUUUGAGAGUAGAUGAAAAGCUAUUGAAACUCAGGAGAAGGGUGUAUAAAAUGCUCGAUUUUGUGAUCCGUGAAUGGCUACAAAAAUGAGCCAAAUCUUGAGUAGUGAGGCAAUCAUCAAAAGUGAUGACCUUUUCAUCACUUUGAAGAAUUGAGGUCAAUCGCACAUUUUGCCCUCUAUUCGGACAUUUUGUCAUGAAACAAUGGAUUUUUUUUAUGAGCUAGAAAUUUGGUUGUGAAUAAAGAUGACAGUGACAGUGGUCUGAAUUUUGGAACUUUUUGCAUCCCUGCUCAAAUGGAGUUCAACAUUUCUGUUCAGCAUUAGAGACACCCUUUAUUUUUGUAUAAUGCACCCUGCUCUUUAAGUUUAUUGUAUAAUAAUAUUUAUAGCUUAAGGCUAAAGGAUCAUCACCACAUUUCCAACGAUUCCAGAUAUUGUAGAUUAGUAAUAUAUCAACCGCUUGGCCUGCGAUGCAAUUUGCUGUCUUUGGAAUGUGUAGAUCAUUCCUUGCAUCAAAUGUGGUCAUUUUUUUAAUUGUUCAGAACUUUCUGUAGGCGUGUCAUGAAUACAUAAGACUUGAUCUUCUUGAAAAUGUCAGCCAUGAUCCCGUGGCUCCAAGCUACAAAGUAUAGUGCUGUAAAGUAAUGUUUAUCUGAAAAUAUAGAUACUUGAGCUCUGUUUUUCAUCCUUAA